AUGAUGUCGGCGUUAAAAUUUUUUUCUUACGAGCCUCCGUUAAGUGUGGUUGUUAUAUUCGUUUUAAUUAAGUUACUUGCUGAUUUACCAGAACCAUGUCUCUCCAGGAGCAAUUUGACGAAGCUGCCGCUAAAGUUAAGAAUCUUAAGACUAAGCCCAGUGACACUGACCUUCUUGAAUUGUAUGCCUACUUCAAGCAAGCGACCGUUGGUGAUGCAGAUCCUGCCAACAAACCAGGCAUGUUCGACCUCAAGGGCAAAGCCAAAUUCGAUUCGUGGAGCUCCAAAAAGAGUAUGUCAAAGGAAGAUGCACAAAAAGCUUACAUCGCGAAAGUUGAAAGCUUGGUCGCGAGUCACGGUCUUCAAUAAAUUAAGUUAUUUUACUAACAUAAUACUA